AUGUCUCAGAAUGCCAUGAAAAAUGAAAGAGUCAGAUAAUAUUAAAAAAUACACUUAAUCGAAAAGGAGUAACUCUAGCACUUUGUUUUUAAAAAGUCUUAUUCGAUAAAAUCUGUAAAUACUACUAUUUAUCUAGGCCUCUAUACUGUUAAACAUUAAAUAUGCUACUGCAAAAUCCAUCAUCUCAAAAAUUCGAAAAUCCAAGAUAAAAAAAUACUUAUUCAUCAACAAAAAAUUGGGGCAGUGUUAGUACAAAAAAGUCGAAUUAUUUAAACCAUUAUUAGAAAUCAAAUCUUUAGUAGCAGGUUCUUUGAUUAGUGAACAUACUUAUUAUUUAUAUUGA